AUGUUUAAAAGAGAAUUAUCAUACACUUCAACUCUUGGAAGAAGAUUCAUAUCUCAAAAUCCCAAAUUUGAACCAUUGGGGAAUCCAGCUUCAUUAGUCAAUGUUUCAUUACCACCAUCAACAGUAUUAAAUUUACGUUCAAAUUCUAUAUUAGCUGCAAAUGGUGAUUUAAAUAAUUUAAAUUCUCAAUUAUCUGUAUUAAAAUUAUUAACAAAACCAUUAAUUUAUAAUCAAAUUUCUUCAAUUACACCAAUUUCAAUUAUAUUAUCAAAUAAAGGUUCAAAUAAAUUUUUCAUAAAUUUAGAAUUAAAUUCAAAUGAUGAAUGGAAAAUUUUAAAUACUAAGAAUUUAACUGCAUGGUAUGGACAAGAUUUAAAAAUUCUUAAUGAUAAAUUUGGUAUUAAAAUUCAAUCUGGUAAUGGAUCAAGUAAUAUAAUUUUAAAUGGUGAAAAUCAAUUAUUUACAUUAAAUUUAGAUUCAAAUGAAACUAUAUAUUUAAAUCCAAAAAGUAUAAUUGCUAUAAAUUCCAAAUCAAAAGAUGAAAUUUUCACAAAAUUACAAUCUUCAACUUUAUCAUCAAUUUCAAUUCCAAAAUUUAAAAUUUGGGAUUCAAUAAAGAUUAAUUUUAAUCAAUUUUUAAAUAAAUUGAAUAGAAAUUUAAAGACUAUUAAUAAUUCUUCCGCCACAUCUGAAAUUAAAGCCACAUCUCAAGAGGAAUUAGUCUCCAAACCACAAUUAUCCACACCAGCCACAGAACAACAAUUACAACAAAUAGGUGAUGAACAAACUAAAACUAAAUUUGAAAUUCCACAAUCAAUUAAAUCAAUUGGAACAUGGAUUUAUAAUAAAUUUAAUAAUAUUUAUUUAAAUGAUAAAAUUUUUUAUCAAGUUAAAGGUCCUGCAACUAUUAUAAUUCAAAAUUCUACAUCAAAUAAAACUUCACAAAUAUUUACAAAUGAUCAAUUAAAAGAGAUUUACAAGAAUCUUUAG